AUGUUCCCGGGUGAGGGAGAAGUCCGGUAUUCAGUCACGCUUUCUCCUGCGCCGCUCUCUCCCGAGAAACUACCGUUGCCCGGGGACAGCCCGCAGCCGGAGCGGUGUCUCUUCUCCGGUCUGAGGGGCAGCGCCUACCUCCUUCACCUCCCUCCCCGGGCGCCCUUGCCCGGCCCGGCCCUGACCCAUUGCCGGCCGCUGCGGCCGCUCCUCUGCCCAGCAGCCGGUCUGGCCUCUUGGGGCUUUUUAGUACGUGAGGAACAGAUUGCAGAAGGCCUCAAUACACAGUACAUUGUCCGUGUGAACGCUGUCAAAACUGAGGAGGGUAGCAGUAAUGGUGGUGUAAAUGGCGCUUUUCAAAACAUUUUGUUUGCAGUUAACGUGAAAUGGGGAAAAGAGAAAUUCGAUGGCGUGGAGCUUAACACUGAUGAACCUCCAAUGGUCUUCAAAGCCCAGUUGUUUGCACUGACUGGAGUUCAGCCAGCUAGACAGAAGGUUAUGGUUAAAGGAGGAACUCUGAAGGAUGAUGACUGGGGGAACCUAAAAAUAAAGAACGGGAUGACCUUAUUAAUGAUGGGUUCCGCAGAUGCGCUUCCGGAAGAGCCAAUUGCUCGACCCAUCUUUGUAGAAGACAUGACAGAGGAGCAGUUGGCUUCAGCUAUGGAAUUACCAUGUGGAUUGACAAACCUUGGCAACACUUGCUACAUGAAUGCUACGGUUCAGUGUAUCCGCUCAGUGCCAGAAGUUAAAGAGGCCCUUAAAAGGUAUGGUGGUGCCUUAAGAGCUUCUGGAGAAAUGGCCUCUGCUCAAUACAUUACUGCAGCUCUUAGAGACUUGUUUGAUUCCAUGGAUAAAACUUCCUCCAGUAUCCCACCUAUCAUUCUCCUGCAGUUUUUACAUAUGGCCUUCCCACAGUUUGCAGAGAAAGGCGAUCAAGGCCAGUACCUUCAACAGGAUGCAAAUGAGUGCUGGGUGCAGAUGAUGAGGGUACUACAGCAGAAACUGGAAGGCAUAGAAGGUGAUACAGUUAUGGAGACAGACUCUGGAGCUACAGCAGCAGCUUCUAAAAAGAAGAGUUUAAUCGAUCAGUUCUUCAGCAUUGAAUUUGAAACAGCCAUGAAAUGUACAGAAGCUGAAGAAGAGGAAGUAACUAAAGGAAAGGAGAAUCUGCUUCAGCUUAGCUGCUUUAUCAAUCAAGAAGUGAAAUAUCUGUUUACAGGACUAAAAUUGCGUCUUCAAGAGGAAAUCACCAAACUCUCUCCAACACUGCAGAGAAAUGCACUCUAUAUCAAAUCUUCUAAAAUUAGUCGCUUGCCAGCGUACCUGACUAUUCAGAUGGUUAGAUUUUUUUACAAAGAGAAAGAAUCUGUGAAUGCCAAAGUUCUUAAGGAUGUUAAGUUUCCUCUUAUGUUGGAUGUGUAUGAGCUGUGUACGCCAGACCUUCAGGAAAAAAUGGUUUCUUAUCGAUCAAAAUUCAAAGAUCUAGAAGACAAAAAAGUAAAUCAACAGCCAAAGAAUUCUAGUAAAAGUGAUGGUGCACAGAAAGAAGUUAAAUAUGAACCAUUUUCUUUUCCUGAUGAUAUUGGUUCUAAUAAUUGCGGCUAUUAUGACCUGCAGGCAGUGCUAACACAUCAAGGCAGAUCGAGUUCCUCUGGGCAUUAUGUGUCUUGGGUUAAAAGGAAACAAGAUGAAUGGAUUAAAUUUGAUGAUGACAAAGUCAGCAUUGUUACACCCGAAGAUAUUUUGAGGUUAUCUGGGGGUGGAGACUGGCAUAUAGCUUAUGUUCUACUCUACGGGCCUCGCAGAAUCGAAGUAAUUGAAGACGAAGCUGAACAGUAGUCUUCGGUCUUAGUCAUUCUGCCUAGGUGUGAAAUAAAUGUUGAUUACUGAUCACUUCUUUAACCCCAGAGCUUUAGCAAGUGGAUAAAUAAUCUGUUCAAACCUUUUCAUGUGAAGAGGGAUAUUGUUUCAAAACUGAUCCAUGUACCAGUUAGUCACUGCUGGACUGGACUGCCCACUGUGGUGGUGACAAUACUUAAAAUAGCUUUAAUGUCUUGCAG